CAACAUGUUGUAUUGAGAAGAUUCAAGUAUAAAGAAGCUGGUUGAGGCCUUCUUGACUCUACCAUUCUCACUUCCACAACACACACAAACAAUCACGAGUAAAGGCAACUCCUCAAUACACCGCUAUCAAUUCCUACUCUAGAAUUACAAACCAUCCCACCAAAUCAUUCAAAAUGGUCUUCUUCCAGCGCAACUUUUACACUCCCGAGAGCUCUUACACUCCUCUCUUCCGUCUCCUUGACGAUUUUGACAGCUACUCACGCCAAAACAAUGGCGCACAACACGCCACUCAUCGCACUGUCGCACACUGGCAGCCCAAAUUCGAUGUCCGCGAAACGGGCGAGGCCUACGAGCUCCACGGCGAACUCCCCGGCUUGAAUAAGCAGGAUGUUCACAUCGAAUUCACCGAGCCUCAGUCCCUACUCAUUAGAGGAAAGGUGGAGCGCACUUAUACAGCCGGCACUCCCCCUACCGACGCUAUAGAGGACGCCUCUGUGAGCGGCGCAAUUACCGACUCAGAACAAGAGCGCCCCAAGUCUCCUCAUCAAGCCACCGUCGAAGAUGAGCCAGAAGACGGAACCACUACUGCCACUGCUGCCUCUGAAAAUGAAGUUGUCAAGACUGCGCCAUCCAAGCAAAAACCGACCGACACAGCCAAAUACUGGCUCACUGAGCGCAGCGUUGGCGAAUUUUCCCGCACCUUCAAUUUCCCUACUCGGGUCGACCAGGAGGGCGUGACGGCCAGCUUCAAAGACGGCAUCCUCAACGUUGUGGUCCCCAAGGCGGCUAAGCACGAACCUCGUCGCAUUGCGGUGUUCUAAAGCAACUUUCUUUUACAAUUUCUUGGCUUGAUUAUUUCUAUCUUUACACACUUUAAGCGUAUUUGAGCCAUUCCACUUUUUUCUUUCCUUUUUCUAAAAGAACGACAAUCAUAUGCACGGGAGCGUUUGAAAUUGAGCCUUUUUUUUCCCCCUUCACAGAUAUACCUUUCUCUACCACGAGGGUAGCACAGUUGAUCAAUAGUAAAUCGGGCAGUGUCGGCAUUGUCAGAGGAGGAACUUUUGUUGUCUUAUGAUAGCUUCAUACUUAAUAACAACACAAUAAUUGAGAAUAUUGACUUAA